AUGUCCACAGAACAUGGGGAGCAGACUCGAGCCCAGAUAUCAGUCCCAGGUUUUGACGAAGAAGUAAUCGCUGCAGCGACGAAAGACCUGUGGUCCUUUGAGCGGUCGUUUGCUCUCGCGUCACCGACUUACGCCAAACUUCUUUGCACCAAAGUUAUCUGGAGUCGAGACGAGAACAUCAUAGCUUACAACUCGGCCAUUUCUCAGGGUCCCGCCUCCCCCAUUUCACCCUCAUCCUCCCCAACUUCUCCUACCUCUCCCACCACCACUAUCUCCGGCACCUCCAUCGCUAAAGCCACCCAACACCUCCAAGCCUUCACCAAAGUCUUCGGCGAGCUAAACAAUCAAUUGCCCAGCCGCCCUUUUGGGCCCAACAAGAUCCGUACAUUCCUUGACUUGGGUUCUUCGCCAGGUGGUUUCUCGUCUGCCGUCAUCAGGCAUAAUGCACGGACUCUGGUGGGUGGUGUGGGGGUCACUCUGCCACCUGAGAAGGUCACUGAAGUUCACUAA